UAAUGAUAUCAUUUCAGAUUUUACACAAUGUUCAGUUCAGGGCCAAGCUAUGCAAAGCUCAAAACAAAUUUACGUUUGUCAAUUAACAGACUUAAGCUCCUUGAGAAAAAGAAAACAGAAUUGACUCAAAAGGCCAGAAAAGAAAUAGCUGACUACAUUGCUGCUGGCAAGAUUGAGCGAGCCAAAAUUCGAGUGGAGCACAUAAUUCGAGAGGACUACCUAGUUGAAGCCAUGGAGGUCACUGAGAUGUACUGCGACCUUGUCCUGGCAAGAUUUGGCCUUAUCCAGCAAAUGAAAGACCUGGACCCUGGUUUAAGUGAGGCCAUCUCGUCUCUUGUGUGGUGUGCUCCUCGACUCAUGUCCGAUGUGCCAGAGCUCAAGAUUGUUGCGGAUCAGUUUGCACUGAAGUAUGGCAAGCCGUACGCCGUCGCGUGCCGGGAGCAGUCCAUCAGCACCAUCAGUGAGAAGCUCAUCCACAAGCUCAGUGUUCAGGCGCCACCUAAAGUUCUCGUGGAAAAAUAUCUCCAGGAAAUUGCCCACAACUACAAUCUGGAAUACACGCCAGACCCUCAAAUCAUGCGCGAGUCAGAAUGGGGGGCAGAUGCACUCAUCACCCUGGAUGAUGUAGGCAAGAGUGAUGGGGCAAGUGGAGGGGCUUCAGGGGGAGGUGGCGGUGGAAUCCCCCAGCAGCCUUUCUCAUACCCAAAUAAAGCUGCAGAAGCAAUGGCGUCUAGCAGCGUUGACUUGAAUCUGCCGAACGUGCCCGGAAUGGCCGCGUACCCUCAGCCCUUCGUGUACCCCACCCCCACAGCCCCGUUCAACUACCCCGGCCCUCCUGGGGGACCUCCACCUCCUCCAGAAGUCGAGCCUGAAGAAGAUCCUCUCGUGCCUCCCGCUCGACACGAGUUCCCCACUGGGGACGCUGGCACAUGGAAUGACACGAGGCUGAGCAGCUCCCCUCCUCCCCCCUACACCUCCAUUGGGACGGUGUCCCCGCCCUCCGCCCCUCCCUCCUCCCUGCCGGCUGCCGCCCCCUCGCACAGCAAGCUCAACUUCCCUCCUGACGUCCCCGCCACGUCUGAUGAGGACCGCAAGCAGCCGCCGCAACCUUCGCCCCGGUCUAAGUUCGGUGUUGACAGCGACGCUGCUGGCGACGACCUCGGGUUCUCGUUGCCAGACCUGCCCAACGUGCCAACUCCGUCAACAAACGCCAACAACGACGCAUCUCCUACCAACGCCGAUGACAUCGACUUCGACGACCUCAACAAACGCUUCCAGAACCUCAAGAAGAAAUGAGGCAUUUAACCCAUUAAAGAUUGGCUUCGUGCAAACGUUGUUCUGCAUUUCUUAUUAACAAAUUGACUUUCGUAUACUUUCAGUGUAGGAUCAGACUAUUUACGUGCCGGAAUUCUUACUCAUUUUAAAAUCGGGCCAUUGCUGCGAAAUAGAUUGACACAUAUUUUGGACAUCGCAUUCAGUUGUUCAAACUUUGCAUUUUAUUUUACCAGGGUUAUACUCAAGUUUGGUUUUAGUUGCUUUAUGGUCAGUAAUGAGAAAAUUAAAAACUCUUCAACAUAUUUAUAGGCAGUCUGUGAAUCUAAAAACCCUUUUUUAAUGGCGAAUAAAAGCAAGAAGUACUUGAGUAAUUUCAACACUUUGUGUAGGUACUCAAAAUGUGAAUUAAAACUCUUAAUAUAUAUCUGUCAUUAUCCAUAAUAUUAUUCAUUUGAUUUAUGUGUGAUUUCUGAUGGUACAUAGUUUCUUUGAGCAGUUUUGACAACUAGCCAUUUCUUCCCCUGUCAAUUAAUUUUACUCACCUUUUCCGUAGUGUUUACGCUGGCAGAACUUGUAUCAAUGAAUGUCACAAACUAUUAAUGUUUAUUAAAUAUCUAUCCCUAUAUUUAUUCACUCAUAUGUUGAGUGGAUUUUUUCAUCAGAGGAGGACCUUUAUAGUUUCAGAAAGAUAAAGAGAAGAAUUUACUUGCUGUUUCCUUAUCUCACCACUUGUCGUGACUCGGUUUGAUUUAUUAUGCAUUUUCUAUGUAUCGAAUUCCGCAUACAACCUUGUUUGAAUACCGGUAUGUGUGCUUGAUAAUAAAAAUUGCAUUGGUGACAAUAAUGCUAAUUAUCAUGGCACUAUAUGUUAAAAAAUAUUAUAUGAUGAUUAAAAAAAUUAUUAUAUGAUUAUAAAAGUUAUAUUAUAUUAUUUUAUGUUGAUUUAAGAAAAGUUACCAUCAUUUGAUCAUUUAACAUUGUGAUAAAAUUGACUAAAUUGUGUAUUUCAUAGACUGGUCAUCAACUUACUAGUCGAGGUGGUCGCAUUAUUAUUGUUUCAGUAGCUGGGAUAUUUGGAGUAAAGUUGUUUUUCGCCUUUUCGUCCAAUUUAUUAGACGAGUUCGCCGUCGUCAUGGGCAUGGUUGAAUUACAUGUAAUAAUUCAACCAUGGUCAUAGCAGUCUUCACGUUAAAACUCGCAGUGCCUUAAUAACCUAUUAUAUUCCUAAAGUAUAACUCUCUUGCAAGCGCUCGUACAUCUUGAUUUUUUAAUUUAUGUGUUCCCUGAUCUUUAAUACUCCUUGUGGAAUAUAAAUCUUGUGCUAUAGGUGGUCACAGGUUAAUGAGGUUAUAGGUUUUCAAUAUAAAUUUAAUAUCUUAGUUUCUUUCUUGAGGGGGUUUUACUUUCAGUCGAUGCGCCUGUUCUUCUGGCGAGCGUAGGCUUAUAACGUUACGACACCAUAUCGUUGAUAUAUAGGCAUUAUUUCAGUAUAUAUAUCUAUCUAAAUAUAUAUUCUCUGAUGAACUUGAACCCUUGGGUGCUGCCUGAACUAAUGCUUGUCUAUUCUUCGCUGAGAUAACCUGGACUGCUCCAUUGAUUUUAUCGUUAUUCGAAAUAAAUGAGCUGGGUUGUAUGAAUGAAAUGCUGUUCAUAUUCUCAGGCUUUUCUGCAUUCUAAUUAUGUGGGUAACAUUCCAUAGGGGAUCUCCAAAUUAUUGUAUACAAUACGAGUGACUGAACAAUAGUCCAUGCCCAUUUGAAAGCUAACUGUCUUCAAUAACACGUUUGUAGGCACUGAUGUAAAAAUUUACGAUAUCGUUAACGUUAGGUUCGAAUAUUAGGUUGAGUUUUAUUGAAGAAGUUGAAAUGAUGCACUUUAAUCAACUUAAUCACCACUCUAUGUUAAAAAGUCUAUUC